AUGGGAGUUGGUUCGUUUCUUGAACCUCUCGUCGUGGUGACUCUCCUCUUUGGGGGCGCCUACUUCAACCGCAGCAAGGACUACAACUUCUGGACCAACAAGUCGGGCUUCGCCAGCCUCAAAAGCUACAAGCGUUCCGAUGACCUACCGAAACGAGACUCAACCGAGAGUUUGAUGAGUGGAUGGAGUGGUUCACGCUCGCCGACUCUUGACUCUCAUAAGAAUGCCCAGUCGAGUCUGCGCCGUCGAAAGUUGCAAGUGUUUGGAUACAAGCGCAUCGUUUCUACACCAAACACACAAGUCUUUGAAGACCGUCUUCUAAGUCGACUUUUGAAGAAGCUGCCUUUCUUGGUCGAGUGCUGGUACUGGUUCCUCAUCUACUUUGUGUACCAGGUUGGCCGGGCCAUCACUGCCUUGACUCUCGAUGAGGGCAGUGUCGAUGUAGCUCGUCGACAUGCUCUUCAAAUCAUUCAUCUCGAACAGCGCCUUCAUAUCUUCUGGGAGGUCGACUUUCAAAAAUGGUUCCUUGCUCGGCCAACUAUUCUUCAUUGGAUCAACCGCAUCUACUCCUUCAUCCAUAUUCCCGGUACUAUCAUGUUCCUGGUGGUGCUAUACUACUUCACAACAACUCGCCAUCGCCGCUUUGCUGUUGGUAGUGUGCGUUACGACAACGUAACUGCUGGUCCUGCUUUGUAUGAAGCCCGUCGACGAACUAUGGCUAUGUGCAAUCUCAUUGCGUUUGUCGUCUUCACAAGCUGGCCCUGCAUGCCUCCUCGUCUUCUGAGUGAUCCCGAGUAUAAGGGUCCGGAUGCUAAUGAAUCCAAGAGCUUUGGUUUCAUCGACACUGUUCACAGUGGAACUGGUGAGAGCAGUGUCUGGACUACUAACAAAUUCUGUAAUCAAUAUGCUGCCAUGCCUUCAUUGCACUUUGGUUACUCUCUCCUCGUCGGCCUCACAGUCGUGACCAUCCCCAUUACCGGCCUACGACCCUCCUCGUGGAAACGAAUUAUCCUUGUUGCCGUGGGCAUGUCAUACCCAGCUCUGAUUCUGACUGCCAUUGUUGCAACAGCCAACCACUUUAUCCUCGACGCCGUAGCCGGUGCCAUGGUUUGCGCUAUUGCCUGGAACUGCAAUGACUUCCUGCUUAACUUUUGCAUUAUCGAGGACUACUUCCUAGCUUUGCUACGCCUUCACAAGCCAGUGAACUGGACAGAUCCUGAGACAGCCGUUGAGCCCGAAUUCCAGAGUGCUUUGAUGUCCGAGGAUGUCUAA